AUGGUCGAUUUCAGCCGUGAAGGCCCUCCCGAGCUGCCUUACUACACCGUGGCGUUUGCCGGCGUUACCUGGUACAGUGCGCUGGAAUUGCUCGUGCUGUGCAUCUGCACCUUCCAGCAUCGGAGCUGUGUCUCCGCACGUGCCCCUCACCUUGGUCUUGGUCAGCUUCUGUGCGAUGACGACGGGCCAUUCUUUGGUGCUGUGGAUGCAUCUGCACUUGCGCCCUCCUCCUAUGCCUGCACCUUUCCGUCCUGUGGGAGCGUGCAACUGGUUGUACAGCAUCCUGAGUAUCAUCAACGGCACGAUUCUGUGUUUGCAGGAGGGCCUGCUGUCCAGCAUUUGUUUGUGGGAGGCCAUCAAACUGCUCCGGCCUAUAUCCAUGGCCGGCGUAUUCUCGCCCAUGUGUUCCUCGCCAACGUAACCAUCCUCGCUCUUGGCAUUCUUUCAGCCACGCUCAAAUUUGCCGCCGUGUACAAUAUCCAUUUCCUGCUCAGUGCCUUCAUAUACAGCGUGAAACUGAAGCUUGAGUAUGCCAUUCUGGGCCAGCUGGUCCACAUUGCCAAGGCAGGGGCCCAAGGUCCUCAGGCUUCGUCUGCAUUGCCUUCUUGGCACGAGACGUUGAGCGAGUUCCGAUAUCGGAGACGAGGGGGGAUUCAGAGCAUUUCAGACGGUGAUUCAGGUCCUAUAGUCAACGGCCAUGUCGAAUGCCACUUCUCGCGCAGCAACGGCAGCAACCAAUGGAGCGCACCGAAGUUUGUGCGAUCCCCUCACCUCCCCAUCCACGGCAUGGCUCCGGGCCUGAACUACGGCCAACAAGCCUACGAAGGCCUCAAAGCUUUCCGCCAUUCGAACGGCUCCAUCUCCAUCUUCCGCCCCGAUCGCAACGCCCAGCGCAUGCGUCGCUCCGCCGAGUUCGUCUCCAUGCCGCCUGUUCCCGAGGACCUGUUCGUGAAAUGCGUGACCCUCGCAGUCGCCGCCAACGCCGAAUUCGUGCCCCCACACGAGACCGGUGCCGCCAUGUACAUCCGGCCGUUAUUGUUCGGCUCAUCCGCCCAAUUGGGUCUCAGUCCACCCGAUGAGUACACCUUCGUCGUGUUUGUCAUGCCCACUGGCGUAUACCACGGCGUUCAUGCCGUGGAUGCCUUGAUCCUCGAGGAUUUUGAUCGUGCCGCCCCGGAAGGCACCGGGUCCGCCAAGGUGGGCGGAAACUAUGCCCCCGUGCUGCGACAUAGUGGACGAGCCGCGGCUGAAGGGUUCGGCAUUACGCUGCACCUGGAUAGUCGGACGCGAUCGGAGAUCGAUGAGUUCUCAACCUCGGCGUUCAUCGGUGUCCGCAAGGACCCGGCGUCUGGUGCGGUGACUCUCGUGCAGCCGGAUAGUAACAACGUGAUCGAUUCGGUCACUGCCGCAUCGGUCUGUGAAAUUGGCCAACGCAUUUUUGGCUUCGCGGUCGAGAAGCGUCGUAUCCCGUACGAGGAGAUCAAGGAGUUUACCGAGGUUAUAGCCGCUGGGACGGCGGCCGCGUUGGUACCCAUUCGCAGUAUCACGGUGCGCUCGCGCGAUGACAAAUUCUCCUUUGAGUGUGGUGCAGAUGGUCAGAGUGGAGGUGACAUUUGCGUAAAGCUUCUGCAGACGCUCAAGGGCAUACAGACCGGAAAACUCGAGGAUCGGUUCGGUUGGAACUUACCUGUGCAGAGACCGCCGCAGGACUGGGUCGAGGGUAAAGUGUAG